UUCUGAAUUGAAGACAACAAAAUGAAAAUCGACUGUAUUAGAAAAUUCCUUUGCUUCAUUUACAAGAGGAUCGGAAAUGCAGUUGGAAGACAUCCAUACUAUUUCAUUACUUUACCUGUAAUUCUAUCCAUUGCUCUGGGUCCAUUCAUCAUAAGCAUAAAAACAAAGGAAGAUUUUUAUGAUAUGGUAGUAUCUGAUAGUGGGAAAAUCUUCGAUACUAAGAAAUUCGUAGAAAAUACCUUUACGUAUAAUUCGGCAGAGUUUUCUGACCAAAUGAGAUUUCCUGGUGUACCCAAUGCCCUCUUCGUGUACCUAUUGAAAAGGGGCGGAGGAAACAUGCUCGAUAAAAAUGUUCUUUCGGAUGUACGAUUAGUCGAUGAAGUCGUACAAAACGUAACAUUUGAUAGCGAUGGAAAACAGAAGGGUUAUCUCGAUGUGUGCGCUUUAAAUAACAACAAAUGUUUCCAAAACCCGAUUAUUGAGGUGAUGUCAGAAGUGGGAAUAAACUCCAUUCUGCAGAAAAGAAAAAAGUUAAAAUAUCCCAUUGAUAUAGAUUUAUUGUCUUUCACCUAUAAAAUUUACUUCGCGAAUUUGGGAGGUGUAGUUCUGGAUGACAAUAACUUCAUAGAUGAAGUUAAUGCGAUGAUGUUAUAUUAUUCAACAGACGAUAAGAAUAAAGAGAAGAGAAAAACAUUUGAACAAUGGUCCACUUUUGUUUACGACACCAUUCAGAAAUAUAAUUUCACUUAUGUUAAUACUUAUCCCGAUUCUCCUUUAUUCAUUGAGAAAGAAUUUAGGAAAGAAUUUCGUAAAAUACAGCCUAAAAUAGGAGGUUUAGUAGCCUUUAUGAUAAUAUUUUCAAUAUUGUUCUGCAUGAGCAAUAGUUGGGUGAGAAGUAAACCCGUUCUUGGUGCAGCCAGUGUCAUCUCGGCUGGAUUAGCGGUUGUGUCUUCUUUCGGAUUAAUGUCGGCUUUAGGUAUAGAAAACAUUUCAUGGAAUGCCACAAUUCCAUAUCUAGUGCUUGUGACCGAGAUAGAUGAUGCAUUCGUACUGAUAGGAUGCUGGAGGGUCACAAAUCCCAACUGGAAUUUCCAUCACGUUGACUUCACUCACCAACUUCAUUUCUUAUUGCAUCGGAAUGAUGGGACCGUUUCCUUUUGUUAG